AUGGAUGGUCGCGAUCAAGAUGAUCUGUAUGUCUUCCAUGAAGAUGGCUGGGCUAGUCCGCUCAGUUUUGACAGCACAGAAUCCACAUUAAUUUUAUUCAAUGAGGGAGGUGUUGCACCCGAUGUCGGUAAUGCUCUGUUAGCAGACGUAGCCGACAUCGAGUCUGACGAGGAAACUGAGGGUGAAGAUGCGGAGGAGUCACCUUCGUCAGAGAGUGAGUAG